GUUUCUUCCGUACAGUACACUCCCGUCUUUCUUUCGCUUUUUGGUGUUUAGGGAAAAUAACAGUCUAUCGUUCCGCAAAUUGGGUCAAGGGAGGAUUAUUUUUAGACAAAACGUUAUUAAAUGUAAUUUCUUGCGACUAGUAAAAAGACACAUUAAUAUAUAUAAUCAAGUUAGCUGAAAAUGCCAGCCCUUCUGGAGCGACCAAAGAUGACCAAGCUUAUGUACCAGACACUAAAACGUCAUAUCCUAAGUGAGAGGGAGAGAAAGAAACAAGCUGAGCAAGAACAAGAUGCCAUGUUGGAACAACAGAGGAAGGAGAGAGAGAUGAAGAAGAAGAAAGAAGAAGAUAAUAAUCUUACCAUAGAACAGACAAAAGAACAGAUCUCACAAUUGGAGAAGAAGCUUGAGCAAUUAAAGGCAGAGAAACAUGAACUGUUUUCACAACUAAAGAAAGUGCUACACCAGGAAGAUGAGACGAGAAAAAGGGCUCAGCUAAAGGAACAGAGUGAAUUGAUGAGUGUUCAAGCACCAUAUACCCAUCCAGCAAUGCCCCCAGUGUCUGGGCACUCAUUACAUCUUGGUCGUCCCACCAUGUACAGACCGACACAGAGCAUGAUAACUGUCAGUUCUGUACCAAAUGUUCCGAUGAAGCGACCAAGAAGCCCUUCACCGACACCAACAACUGGUUACCAACAUCAAUAUGAGAGCAAGAAAGCUGUUGCAAUGUACAGUCAUGCACAGGAUUUUAAGCAAGGAACCUAUCCAGCACAAGCCCAGCAGGGUCAGGUGACAUUUGUGAGUCAACCAGUGCACUCAUUUCAACAGUCUACAGUUUCAUACUCUACGAGUAAGCCAACACCAGGAAAGUAUCAGCCUGCGGGUCAGUCAGCUUUCUCCACAUACCCGAGUCACUAUGCUCAGCAUCAGAAAACGAUACCAGAUCAGCCGUACCCUGCUGCAUACCAGAUGCAGAGACUUCAACAGCCAGGAUAUCUAGCAUCACCACACUCAGCGAACAUUCCGUUACAACAACAACUUCAGCAUGCUAAUGAGAAAGCAGGAUUUAAUGAUGGGGAGAAAUAUAAGAUGCAGCAGCCAGCACAGAUAAGAGGUGUGAACCCAAUACAAGGUCAACAGCCAGGAAUGCUACCUAUAUCUUUACAGCAGGAAAUGCCUGGAAGAGGGAGUAUAGUGACAGGAUUUUCUGGCAGAAGUCAGGCGCCACCAACAAGUUCAUACCAACCCAGUAGUUCACAGGUGAUGUAUCCAGGGCAGCAGCCAUCUACGACUGGUCGUUCUGGUUACAGUAACCAAGGUCGUUACCAUUAGAUUGUUAGCCAAAAUUAUAACUGUUGCUGAAGUUUCUGGACUACAGGAAGUUUUGACUGUGCAAUGAAUAAUUAAACAGAAGGAUCUCAGUAUGAAUUUUUGAGGCCGGUUUUAAGGUCUGUUGUUGACAUUUAUUUGAAGAAAGAAGAGUGCUAGUUAAUGGUUAACUGAAUUAUAUUUUUUUUGUUUCAUAAUUUCUCGAGCUUGAAUUAAGCUUUAAUGACUGUUGUAUCUUUGCAAAAGUGUUGGUUGCAUAACAGUGUGAAAUAUUAGACUAUUUGAAGGAUUAGAGCAUGUGCCCUAGCCUUUUGAGAAUGAAAAAAAUCAUACACUUUUUUCAAAAGUGGGGAUUUUUUGUUUUAGUCCACUGGCAUGAAAACUUAAAAGAAAACAGUGUUUUCAUGUUUAUUAAACUAACUCAGUUAGUUUCUUUCAAUAAUUCGAACGUAGCUUGAUUUGUUUGUCAGUUAAGCAAGGAGGGAAGUCAAGCUAUACGUAUUAUGCCAUAGUCAGCGGUUGACGCUUGGGCUGCUGAUUUUAAUUAUGAUGUCAAAUUGCCACUAGAUGUCCAGCUCAUUACUUGAAUAAAAUGCAGCAUUUUGUUUUCACAUGAGCAUGUAAGAAUGAAAAUAAACAAGGCCUUCUUGUGGUUUAGCACCUGAUUAAAGAUAUGGUUGAAUAUUUAACUGCUUGGGUUAACUCCUUCCUGUUUUGUCUGAACUCUGAACCUUGGUUAAUCAGACAAUAAGCCAUGCAGAAAUGUUAAUUACUGGGGCAGACAUAUUGUUUUUGCCCCAUCCGUCAGUCCAUCUGUCCGUCACACUUCGUUUCCGAUCAAUAACUGGAGAACCAUUCGACCUAGAAUCUUCAAACUUCAUAUGCUGGUAGGGCUUAUUGAGUAGAUGAUCCCUAUUGAUUUUGGGUUCAAUAGGUCAAAGGUCAAGGUCACAGAAACUUGAAGAUGAAAAACUGUUUCCGAUCAAUAACUCGAGAACCACUUUACCUAGAUUCUUCAAACAUUAUUUCUUGGUAGGGCUUAUUGAGUAAAUGAUCCCUAUUGAUUUUGGGGUCACUGGGUCAAAGGUUAAGGUCACAAGGGGAGACAUGCGGUUUUCUUCAAAAGCAUCUUCUAGUUAUUUGUUAAAUGUACAGCCCCUUCCAUUUCCUGACCUGUUUUUAUUGUCAUUGAUUAUAAGGUGGAACUGCUCAUGAAAGGAAUUUUUUUUUUGGAAGAAAGGUCAGUUGAUAAUUUGAUUGAAAAUUUAACCUUCGCUAAUUAUUACGAAAGUGUAACAACACUAUUAUGUUUGUUAAACUAUAUGAAUUGGAGAAAUUAAUACUGACUCAGAUUGCAAGCUGUGAACAAGUUAAUAUUGUACAAAUAUUGUAUGUGAAAAUAUUGUUUAAGUGCUAUUGACAUAUUGUAAUGUGCUAAUAUGGAUCAUGAUCAUGUGAAUUGCAUUUGAUAUUAUGUGAAAAGCACGUUAUCAUAGUUUUCUUGCAUACCAGACGGGGAUUUCCGGUUCCAUUGAUUUUAUUUUUAUUAUUAUUUCUUGAUAUUGGUAUGCAAGAAAAAGAUUCUGUCACUGGUUAUAGGUGCAGAUGGGAAUAUCCGGCUCUCGGGUAACGGUUUAGGUGGUAACUCGGCAGGAGCCCCGUUACCGCCUAAACAGUUACACUCGAGGCUGGAAAUUCCCAUCUGCACCUACAACCCUUGAAAGAAUCUUAUAACGUGCUACUGUAGAUCACGUCAUUAUUACAUUUAUUUUCAUGUGAAAAACAUGCUACCUUGGUAAUGUGCUACUGUAAAUCACGUCAUUAUUACAUUUAUUUUCAUGUGAAAAACAUGUUACCUUGGUAAUGUGCUACUGUAAAUCUUGUCAUUAUUACGUUUAUUUUCAUGUGAAAAACAUGUUACCUUGGUAAUGUGCUACUGUAGAUCACGUCAUUAUUACGUUUAUUUUCAUGUGAAAAACAUGUUACCUUGGUAAUGUGCUACUGUAAAUCACGUCAUUAUUACGUUUAUUUUCAUGUGAAAAACAUGUUACCUUGGUAAUGUGCUACUGCAAAUCACGUCAUUAUUACGUUUAUUUUCAUGUGAAAAAGAUGUUACCUUGGUAAUGUGCUACUGCAAAUCACGUCAUUAUUAGGUUUAUUUUCAUGUGAAAAAGAUGUUACCUUGGUAAUGUGCUACUGUAAAUCACGUCAUGAUUAGGUUUAUUUUCAUGUGAAAAGCAAGUUAUCUUGGUAAUGUGCUACUGUAAAUCACGUCAUUAUUAGGUUUAUUUUCAUGUGAAAAAGAUGUGACCUUGGUAAUGUGCUACUGUAAAUCACGUCAUGAUUAGGUUUAUUUUCAUGUGAAAAAGAUGUGACCUUGGUAAUGUGCUACUGUAAAUCACGUCAUGAUUAGGUUUAUUUUCAUGUGAAAAGCAAGUUAUCUUGGUAAUGUGCUACUGUAAAUCACGUCAUUAUUAGGUUUAUUUUCAUGUGAAAAAGAUGUUACCUUGGUAAUGUGCUACUGUAAAUCACGUCAUGAUUAGGUUUAUUUUCAUGUGAAAAGCAAGUUAUCUUGGUAAUGUGCUACUGUAAAUCACGUCAUUAUUAGGUUUAUUUUCAUGUGAAAAAGAUGUGACCUUGGUAAUGUGCUACUGUAAAUCACGUCAUGAUUAGGUUUAUUUUCAUGUGAAAAAGAUGUGACCUUGGUAAUGUGCUGCUGUAAAACACGUCAUUAUUACAUUUAUUUUCAUGUGAAAAACAGGUUAUCUUGGUAAUGUGCUACUGUAGAUCUCGUCAUUAUUACAUUUAUUUUCAUGUGAAAAACAGGUUAUCUUGGUAAUGUGCUACUGUAGAUCACGUCAUUAUUACAUUUAUUUUCAUGUGAAAAACAGGUUAUCUUGGUAAUGUGCUACUGUAAAUCACGUCAUUAUUACAUUUAUUUUCAUGUGAAAAACAGGUUAUCUUGGUAAUGUGCUACUGUAAAACACAUGACUGUUACAUUAAAUAUCAUGUUUAAAAGGUUUUAUCAUAGUAAUGUGCUAUUGUAAAUCACAUUAAAUGUAACAUUUGAUAAAAUCAUUGUGAAAAAAAGUCCUAUGUGCUAGUGUCAUUUUGACUGUUUUAUAUUUGAAGUAAUGUGUAAAGGUAUAAUUAUCAGGAACAGAUUGUAAUGUACUACUGCAAAUAGUGUGAAAAGCAUGUCAUGUGCUCUUGUGAAUUGUGUGUUAUUGUCAUUGAUAUUGUUUAAACAGAGAAUAUAAUGUGCUACUGUUAAUGAUGUUAUUACAUUUGAUAUCAUUUGAGAGUGCAGUGUGCUGUCAUAAAUCAUAUGUUUAUAAUAUUUGUUCACUAUUAAGGUAUCUGAUCCACAAAUAAGCAUGUUCUAUGUAACAGUGCUAUUAAAAUAUAUCAUCCGGCUGUGGGUGGUGGGCAGGCAGCGUCCAAAGCAUGUCCGCUUUCUAAGUCGAACAGUUUUCAUCUGAUCUUCACCAAACUUGCUGACAAUGUUUGUGGGCAUAAUAUCUCGCCCAUGUUCGAUAACUAGCCAAUCGCCCCAGGCACUCUUGGAUUAUUGCUUUUGAAUUACUCGAAAAACUGCGAAUUUAGCCUUGUCCGCUCGCUAAGUCGAACAGUUUUCAUCUGAUCUUCACCAAACUUGCUGACAGUAUUUGUGGGCAUAAUAUCUCGAAAACCCGCCAAAUUGCCCCAGGCACUCUUGGAUUAUGGCCCUUGAAUUACUCAAAAAAACUGAGUUUAGCCUUGUCGGCUCUCUAACGGUUUUCAUCCAAUCAUCACCAAACUUGCUGACAAUGUUUGUGGGCAUAAUAUCUCGGCAAAGUCUGAUAACCAGCCAAAUUGCCUUAGGCACUCUUGGAUUAUGGCCCUUGAAUUAGGCCAAGUUCGAUGAUGGGCAUAUUUUGUGACAGUCUGGCACUCUUGUUUUACUUUAUAGUUUUCAAUGAUACUUCGACAGAAAUCCAGUUAUUACAGUGUAAGAUUUUUCAUUUCACAGUCAAAAAACAUGACUGUAGUGAUUUGUGCAUAUUAUUUAUGGUGAUCUUAUUUACUAAUUCUUGUUUAGCAGAUACACCUCUUUCAAAUGAUACCAAAAAACAAGGGGUCGCCAGGCAUCAAAAUGUUACUUAUUUGUGGACCAGAUACCUGUAGCUACUGUAAAUCACAUUUAUUCAAUUAACUGUUUUGUGAAAAAAAAAAAGAUUUAAUGUGCUAUUGUAAAUCACAGUUUGAUGUGAUGGAUGUAAAGAGAAUGCAGUUAUACAAAUAUGUACCAUAAGUCACACGUUUAUACAUUUAAUAUUAUGUGAACAGGGUGCAGUAUGCUGCUGUAAAUUAUAUGUGUAACAUGUUUGAUGUCAUCACUAUGGUGCGAAAAUUGUAUAAUGUGCUGGUGUCAGUCAUAUGUGUGACAUACUUUAUAUGAAUAUAGGGUGAAGAUUAAAAAGAAGAUAACUUGCA